AUGUCUACCGCCAGGAUCUCAAGUGAGCUGCCUGUGAUGACAGUUCGCCAUUCGAAAGUGGGCGAUCGAGAUUGGGAUGUAAUGGAAAAGCCAUACCGAAACACGCCUCCGCAGGUGAAGAACGGAGAAAUGAUCAAGGAUAUCUACCGUGGAGCUGUAGAGUCCUCUGAAGAGGUCUGA